AUGCACCCGACAAAGGCUCCAGGGAUUGAUGGCUUUCCAGCUAUUUUCUAUCAAAAAUUUUGGGGCGUGAUUGGAGAUGAUGUAGCGUGGUUCUGCCUACAGAUUCUUCAGGGUCAGGCAUCACUAGGUAUCAUCAAUCAUACUUUACUUGUUCUUAUUCCUAAGAUAAAAAAGGCGGAACAUGCAACCCAAUUUAGACCUAUCAGUUUAUGUAAUGUAAUUUUCAAAAUAGUGACAAAAACGAUUGCCAAUAGAUUGAAAUUAAUUUUGCCUGAUUUAAUUUGUGAAGCACAAAGUGCCUUUGUGCCUAAUAGGCUGAUCACAGAUAAUGCUCUUAUUGCUCAUGAGUGUUUUCACUACAUGAAGAAGAAAAUUACUGGCCGGAAUGACAUUAUGGCUCUGAAAUUAGACAUGGCGAAAGCCUAUGACCAAAUUGAAUGGUCCUUUUUGCGAUCCGUGAUGGAAAAUAUGGGGUUUCCACAGAAUUGGGUGAGUUUGAUUAUGAGAUGUGUCUCAACUGUUUCUUUUUCUAUUAUGCUUAAUGGUAACCCCCAAACUGUUUUCAGCCCAGGUCGUGGCUUACGGCAAGGGGACCCUUUAUCACCUUACUUAUUUAUUUUGUGUGGGGAGGUUUUUUCAGCUUUGAUUGAAAGAGUUGUCUUGUCUGCAAACCUGAGUGGUAUCCGUGUUGCCAGAGCAGUACCUGUUAUAUCUCAUUUACUCUUUGCAGACGAUAGUAUUGUGUUUGCUAGGGCAAAUGUGGAUAAGGCAAGAACUUUACAGGCUAUUGUAGCUACGUACGAGCGAGCUUCCGGACAAGUUAUCAACCUAGAUAAGUCCAUGCUCUCAGUAAGCCGAAAUGUGACUGAUAAUAGAUUUGAUGAGCUAAAACAGCUAUUGAAUGUUAAGGCGGUCGAGAGCUAUGACAAAUAUCUGGGGUUGCCAACUGUUAUUGGUAAGUCGAAAGUACAAAUUUUGAAUUUUGUCAAAGAACGUGUUUGGAAGAAAUUAAAGGGGUGGAAAGAAAAGGCCCUCUCGAGGGCAGGUAGAGAAGUUUUAAUUAAAGCGGUGGCUCAGGCUAUCCCCUCAUAUGCUAUGUCUUGUUUUAUCUUACCAGAUGGUAUUUGUGCAGAGAUAGACAGCAUGAUAUCCAGGUUUUUAUGGAGUGGUGAUGUUACCAGGCGUGGUUUGCACUGGACGGGGUGGAAAAACCUUUGCAAGAAUAAAUCUGAUGGUGGCCUAAGUUUCAGAGAUUUUAAGUCCUUUAAUUUAUCCCUAGUGGCAAAGAACUGGUGGAGAGUCUAUACUCAACCUGACACCUUGCUUGCCCGUGUUUUCAGUGGUGUGUAUUUCCCGAGGGGAUCGAUUUUGGGAGCCAAAAAAGGGUAUAGGCCAAGUUAUGCUUGGUCUAGUAUAUUGAAAGCUAGUUGGAUUUUUGAGAGAGGUGGGCUUUGGCGUAUAGGAGAUGGUUCAAAGGUUCAUGCUUGGACGGAUAAAUGGUUGCCAAAUGGUGUGCCACUUACUUACCAGCAUGAUGUGGUGGAUAGCCUUGGCAUUGUCAUGGUCUCAGAUUUGAUUGAGAAGGGCCCAAACAGGUGGAGAAGGGACGUGGUGGAGGAAGUUUUCCAUCCUACAACAGCAGCUUAUAUUCUAGCUCUUCCAUUGGGGGCACACGGUGGUGAUGAUGUCCUUGCAUGGCCUCACACCACGACAGGGCAGUAUACAUCUAAGACGGGUUACAAUUAUGUGUGCGGCUUGUUAGCCUUGGAGGUGGCUACGUCCUCUUCCACAGCGGGUUCGACGUUGCAGCCCAAGCUUUGGCGGAAAUUCUGGGCAACCAAUGCAUUACCGAGGUGCAAGGAGACCGCUUGGCGAGCUAUCUGUGGCUUUCUUCCGGUUCGUGACCAGCUCUUCCGCCGCCAUGUAGAUACGGAUCCGGGGUGCUCCCUUUGCGGACACGAGCGAGAGACCAUUGAUCAUAUCUUUUUGAGAUGUCCGGCGGCCAUGGCAAUUUGGUAUGCGUCCCUUCUCUCCUUUAGAGUUGAACAUUUUGCAUCUUUCCAGGAUUUUUGGCACAUUAUUCUCCAGCAGCAUGAAUCCGAGGUGGUGGAGAUGUGUCAGUCUUUGGUGUACAGCAUUUGGGAUGUGAGGAAUAAGGUGAUUUUUCGGAGUGGGAGAUUGGUUGUUGGGGAUGUUAUUGAUCGGGCCUUGGGGCUAUUGGUACCAAUUUCUCCGGCGGUGCGUGAGGAGCGGGGAGGGACCAAAGCGGUGUGGAGGAGGCCACAGGGAAGGGUGAUUAAGCUAAACUUUGAUGCUUCAUUUGUGGAUGGUAUGGGAGCAGGAUUAGGGAUGGUUGCCCGCAACCGUCUUGGGGAGAUCAUGGCUGCUGCGACCUCCCAUCCGGUCCCAGUUCUUUCGUCUCUGUUGGCAGAAGCGAGCGGGUUGAGGUGGACUUUACAGCUGGCAAGAGAGCUUGGUUUUCGUCGUGUCUGUUUAGAGACGGAUUGUCUUCAGUUAUAUCAAUGGUGGCAGAACGUUGCAGACUUUCUGGCUAAGAAUGCUUCCACUUAUGCGAAUUGUGUAUGGGUGGAAGAGGCUCCUGAUGCCGUUUCUGGUUUGGUUGAUUUGGAUGUAAUUGCUUCUAGGCCGGUUGGCCCUUAA